CAAACGCGAAAGACUUUUAAAAAUCGGCGGAGCUUGUGCAUUUUCAUAAAAAAUUUUUUUAAUUAAAUCGAAUAUCGAAUUAAUUGAUUUGAAUUCAAGAAAUACUUCUCAAAAAGUUGCUGUGCUAAGAUUUUACAAACAGUAAUUAUUAAAAUGCGUGCCAAUCUGUGUAGUUUAACAUUUCUGUUAGCGCUGACGCUACAAAUCACAUAUACGACGAGCAAGCAUUUGGCGGAAAGACCUUCCUUUUUGAAUCCUUGUGACUAUAACGGUGCUAAUUUCGAUAAAUGCUUUGCGGAUAAUUUCCAACUAUUAUUCAGUCAUUGGCAUGACGGUGUUCCCGGCCUAAAGUCCUUGGGCUCAUUGGACCCGCUCAGCAUUAAGCGUAUUAAAAUUCAACAAGACAGCGGUGCGACGCUCAACAUUGUUGCCGAAUUGGAGAAUAUGCUUGCGUACAAUGCCAGCAAGGCGAUUGUGAAGAAGGCCACACUGGAUAAAAGCAACUUCGAGGUGGAUGCCACACUCGAAUUGCCAGCAUUAUAUGCCGAGGGCAAUUACAAGGUUAAAGGCACAGUUUUGGGCUUGAACAUCAAUGGCGCAGGCAAAUGCAAUUUAGAAGCAGCCAGAAUCCGCUUGAAUUUCCAUCUUGCCACGAAAUUGCGCGACGAAGGUGAUCUGACAUUCUCCGACAUCGUAAGUCUCAAAGCGAAAAUUCUCGAAAUCGGCGAUUUCCACAUAGAUGUGCAGAAUUUGUUUGGCGGUCAGCGUGAUCUCGAAGCAACGGCUAACGAUCUAUUCAAUCAGAAUUGGCGUGAGCUAUUCGGUAUUCUGUCACCCACAUUAGAGCAAACACUGGAGUUGGUGUUGAAGGAUCGCUUCACGAAAAUCUAUGCUUAUGUGCCGGCAACUUACUUCAUCUCCAAUAUGCCCAGAGCUAGUGAAUUCUAUGGUUAAGGAAAAUGUCACGCGCGUGAGGACGAGCAAGCAAUUAUUGUGAUUUAUAGGCAAUAUCUAUGUUUUAUUUGUAAAAAAGCUAUUUUCCUAUUUAUGUCUGUUAAAAUAAAGUAUUGAAAUAUGAAAAUAAAUUAAGUGUUUUACUCCAAUGCUUGAACUAAUAAAUGCUUUCAGUUUUAGAUAAAAUUUAAAAAUUAC